GACCCAAACACCAACUCACACUCACAGCAGUAGCAGGCUGAUGCAAGUUACUGAAUGAGUGAGCUGUCAGUUCUGAGGAGAAUAUCGUCCGUGUGAAGAUGACAGACUGUCAGAGUCCAAUGGAGCUCUAUGAGAGAUUGACAGAACAGGGAAACACAGUGAGGUCCUUAAAAACAGCUAAAGCUGAGAAGGCUGAAAUUGACGCUGCUGUCCAGUUGUUGCUAAAGUUGAAAGUGGACUACAAACAGACGACAGGUCAGGAUUACAAAGCAGGAUGUCCGCCCUCAGAAAACUCUGUUGUCCCUAACAACGGGCCAGCAGCAGAUGGUGCUGAUGAUGACGACACAGUUGACCCAUGGAACGUUUCCACCACCAAUGCAAAGGGAGUAGACUACGACAAACUUAUUGUGAGGUUUGGCAGCAGUAAAAUUGAAAAGGAGCUGGUGGACAGAAUAGAAAAAGUCUGCGGACAGAAACCGCACCGCUUUCUUCGCAGAGGAAUCUUCUUCUCACACAGAGAUAUGCAUCAAGUUCUGGAUGCGUAUGAGAAGCACAAGUCCUUCUACCUUUACACUGGCAGAGGUCCGUCCUCAGAGGCCAUGCACGUUGGCCACCUCAUCCCCUUCAUCUUCACCAAAUGGCUGCAGGAUGUGUUUGACAUCCCGCUGGUGAUCCAGCUGACUGAUGAUGAGAAGUACCUGUGGAAGGAUCUAACGCUAGAAGAAUGCCACCGCUUUGCUGUGGAAAACGCCAAGGACAUCAUUGCUUGUGGCUUUGAUGUCAACAAGACCUUCAUUUUCUCUGACCUCGACUACAUGGGCGCAUCCCCUGAGUUCUACAGGAAUGUGGUAAAGAUUCAGAAGCAUGUGACGUUCAACCAGGUCAAAGGCAUCUUUGGCUUUACAGAUAGUGACUGCAUUGGAAAGAUCAGCUUCCCAGCCAUCCAGGCAGCCCCGUCCUUCAGCAACUCUUUCCCACAGAUCUUCAAAGGCAGAAAGGAUAUACAGUGUCUCAUCCCCUGUGCCAUAGACCAGGACCCCUACUUCAGGAUGACCCGUGAUGUAGCCCCGAGGAUCGGCUAUCCCAAGCCAGCCCUGCUGCACUCCACUUUCUUCCCCGCCCUGCAGGGGGCGCAGACCAAGAUGAGCGCUAGCGAUGCCAACUCCUCUAUCUUUCUCACCGAUACACCCAAGCAGAUAAAAAAUAAGGUAAACAAACAUGCAUUUUCGGGAGGAAAAGACACAGUGGAAGAGCACAGAAAAUAUGGUGGUAACCCAGAUGUAGACGUCUCCUUCAUGUACUUGACCUUCUUCCUGGAGGACGAUGAACAGCUGGAGAAGAUCAGACAGGACUACGCGAGUGGAGCUCUUCUAACAGGGGAACUGAAGAAGAUUUUGAUCGAGACCCUGCAGCCGAUGAUUGCCGCACAUCAAGAGCGACGCAAACAAGUCACAGAAGAGACAGUCAAGCAGUUCAUGACACCCAGACCUUUAAAUUUUAACUUCUAGCCCGCUCAAGCGUCUGAGAUGUCUAGGUUCAUCGUGCUGUUAAACUCAAAACAAGAAAAAAUAAUCAAUCCAGCUUUUUUUCCUUUUAAAAUCAUUGUCAUUUGAAUUUGUCAGGGGAAGACAGACACAAUACAGGUGGCAUCAGGACUGGAGAAAAAUGUCUAUGUAAAUUACUGUAUUGAUGAUUUGUGCCUCUGUGUCAAAUUAAGCAUGGCAUUGCAUUGCACAAGCCCUCAUGCUAAUUGUCAUGCUAUUUGUUAGCUUCAUGCCGCACUAAAUGUGCACGUUUCUCUUCAUCAAGUGUUUGUGUUUGCAGCACUGACAAUUAAAGUGAAAAAUCUGCUCAACAACAACACAACUAGACAUCUUUGCAAAAUGUUGGUUAAGAAGUCUAAGUAAAACUUAGUUUUACUUGGGGAAAAAAGCCUUCUGAACCAUAACUGUGAUUAUCAAAAGCAGCUGUGAUAUAUGAGAAAUAAUGAGACGUUCAUCUCUUUUUAAGAAUUUGCUCACAUCAGGUAGUAGGCUGUCAGUGUCUGACUCAAGGGAACUAAAGCAAAUGUAAUUGCUAUCAGCAAAAAUGAUCUGAACUAAGGUAACUCUUUCUCUAAGGGAAGAAGACAUUUCAUUCAACUUAUUCCCAGACUAAAAAGUAAACUGCAAAAAGAAAACAUUUUUAAAAGCACGUUUUAUUUGAAAAUUCAAUCAUUUUAUUUUAUUCUAUUAAUAGAAUACAUUUUAAUUAAAGUAAGUGUCACAUUAAUGUGUGUACAUCUUUUUUAAUGUUUCUAUGGUCACACAGCAAAAGUACCAAUUUUUUCCAUAAUAUCUGACACCAACAUAUCAAGAUUGAUAUUUAGUGAUAUAAUAACUGUGCCACAGACAUUUUGCCAUGCCACAGGAGCAAAAGCACAGCUGUAAAUAAUUGUAUUAAAUAUGGCUGAAUUCCAAUUUGCUGCUUCAGUUUCAAGGUCCUGGUUUAUACACUGUCAGGGCUUAUUGGGACUUGAAUAGAACAUAGCUUGUGCUUUUCCUUCUAUAACAAGUCAAAAUGUCUGUUGUGAAUUUUUUGACCAUUGAGGAAUUUUUACAUGUUUAUUUACAUUAAAUAUUUCAUCAUAUUAUGUUCCAUUAAAGGCUCUGCACACUGACACAGGCGUUUUCAAUUACUCUGAUUAGAUCUUUGGUCAAGUGGACGUUGGGUGGAGCUGUGUUGGGAAUUACAUGAUGUCACCAACUCCUUGAAUCAAUAAGAAUAAUAAAAGCAUAAAUUGUCCUGCCCCAACAUAUUAAACAUGACUAUAGAGUAGGGGAGAGUCCAGUGCUAAUCAGGCACAGUAAGUGAAAGCACCUGUGUAGGUGGACUGUGGGUGUCUAGAGGAUUUAAAGGCACAAUUUUUGAUCAGAAUUCCAGAAUUCACUGUGCAGUAUUGGGACCAGCUGUCACUCACACAUCAUUGUCUUCAGAUGUUGUAAAUGGUACAGUUCUUACAAUAUAUAUAAGAAUACACCUGUAAUUUAAGCUAAAACGAUAUGAUUGGUCCUUAAAUGAUAAUGCAGCCCCGUGUCUGAGAGAGCAGGAUAGCGUUAAUGUCAGUAACAUGGAGAUGGGUGCGAGAUGUUGCAAAUACAACUCAAAGGCAAUAAUAAAGAUAAAGCUGUUUUUAAAGAGGUAGAUUUUAAAGAAAUAAUACUGGGUACAGAUGGCCCCAUGAAAAGAGCAUAUUUUUAUCUGCUGUCUGUAUCGGAUGGAUUCUCAGUAAAGGGAGUAUGAUAUUAACUUGCUCACAGUAUAAACAUUCAGAGGGAAAUGGAAAAGUGAUUAACAAGCUAUUUAAAAUAUAUUACAUCUAGCCCA